AUGACGCAGGAGAAUGAGAACUUCAUUUUAAAGAAGGAAAGUAUUAGUCAAGCAGUAACCUUUGAAAACAUGAAGUUCGCGCUGAUGUACUUCGUUGUCUUCUUGAGCCUGGGUGUAGUCCUACUACCACAGAACACCGACGGGUCACCUACCUCAGGGACCAAGCCUCUCCCGAAGGAAUGCAAUAUCGUCAAUGACACCUUUGUUGAUUGUCGUCAUAAGGAUUUGAGGACCAUACCAACUGGCUUUCCAGCGACCGUUGAGACACUUCUCCUGUCGUACAACUCCAUCCGUGUUAUCACUAACGAGUCCUUCCACGGUCUUGUCAAUUUAGUCACCCUGGAGCUCCACCACAACAGCAUCUCGAAGCUUCGGUCGGUCUUCUUCAAAGAUCAGGAGAAGCUUCGGUACCUCAGUCUCCAUCAUAAUCAGAUCGGAAAGCUUCCCAAUGAUGUCUUCGAGCAUGUACAGGAUUUAGAGGUUCUUGACUUAUCGUACAUGAACAAUGGCUUCACUUCAUUGCCCGUAGCUCUGACAGGACUGCUUAAUUUGCGCGUGUUGGACUUUUCAUCGAAUCGUCUGCAGUCUGCGGGUUUCACACCUGAUGCCACCUUUCCUGCCCUUCAAGAAUUGCAUCUCGGGAAGAACCAAAUCAAAUCAUUGCAGAACGCAGAUUUCAAAGCAUUACUGGAUUGUAAGCUCAGCUUUCUAGAUAUGACGGAAAAUCAGGUUGUUGAUAUCGAAAGUGGCGUUUUUCAUCCUAUUGCGUCAGUUGCCGAACUGGACUUUUCCAAGGGGCUUGACCCCGUUGCUAUACCUGCUCUAUCGGAGGCUAUAUCCGACCAACUAGUUCAUACUCUGUAUCUCAAAGAAAUCGAUUUGGGAACACAGGACAUCGACAAGUUUAAAGACUUGCGCAAUUCAACGCUGGAAAAGCUCGAUAUUUCGUUUAAUAACAUCACUUCCUUGAAUUCUGAGUUUUGGGGUCUAUCAAAUGUUACAUCUCUGAUUAUUCAGAGCAGUCUCGUUACCACCAUCGGCGCUACGGCAUUUUCUGGUCUGCAUCUGGUAGAAACUGUUGAUCUUAGCAGUAACCAAAUCGCAACUAAAACACUCUACUUGAAUUACAAUAAGAUAAACAAUAUCUCUGCUUCAGAUGGCUUCCGUGGCCUUUCGAAACUCCUCUACUUAAAACUGUCCAAUAAUAAGAUUAAGCAGAACUUCGUUGGUGAGGAAUUCAAAGGCCUUGAUUCUCUAGAAGUUCUUGAUCUUGGGGUGAAUACUAAUAUAUUACUUUCACCUGAUGCGUUCCGAUUUUUACAAAGUCUUCAAACAUUAUAUCUCAAUCUAGCAAACAUAAAAAAUAUAACUGUUGUGCCAUCUCCGUUUGAUAAAUUAUCUGGCCUUAAGAACCUUGACUUGAGCAACAACAACAUGUCUGCUCUUCACGUAGAUACAUUUUCGAGCUUGGACCUCGGGACAAUGUACCUCCAACACAAUAAUCUCUACAACAUGUGGAACGAGACUAUCCAUGUCCCAUUCCUGAAAUCACUUCGACGGCUGAAAUACUUGAAUCUCUGUUACAAUGGAUUUCAGAACAUCCCGAACAAUUCAUUAAGUAAUCUUCCAGAACUCAAAGCCCUUUUCCUAUGUCACAAUAAAAUUUCGCACCUUCAGGACAACAUUAUUAAUGAUCUGCCUCUGACCACUUUGGAUCUGGGACACAAUCAGAUAAACCUGAUCAACCAGACGCUCCUGGAACCCUUGCUUGGAACGCUGAAGGCCCUGACAGUCUCCGGGAACCCGUUUUCCUGCGGAUGUGACCUUCAGUGGUUCAGGGAAUGGCUCGAUGUGACCCAGGUGCAUGUCGAUGACAACAGCCACAUGAUAUGCUCAUCCCCGCCCGACAUGCGAGGAAAACUGGUCAUUGAUUUCCAUCCCGAGACACUCAACUGUGAUCAUCGACUACCUCUGUACACCUGGGUCCUCGUCGGAGUCGGAUCCUGUAUGGUUUUCGUCACCGUCGCUCUUGCCGUCAAGUUCAGGUUCCACAUCAACUACUGCUUCAACCUGGUCAAUGCGAGGAGAAGGAAGUACCAGCGUAUCAAAGGAGAGGAUUUGCCAUUCUUGUACGACGCGUUUGUUUUUUUCAGUCACAAAGAUGAAGAAUGGGUCUAUAAUGAACUGGUUCGCCACCUAGAAGACGACAGUGGCCUCCGUCUGUGUGUCCACAAUCGUGACUUCACGCUGGGCAGGAAGAUUCUAGACAACACCAUAGAAGCCGUUGACAGUAGCCGUUUCACCCUCUGUAUCCUCUCGGCCGACUACCUCGACAGCCACUGGUGCAAGAUGGAGCAAGAGUUUGCGAUGGCGAACCUGAUCGACCGCGACGUCCUCAUCAUCAUCGCCCUAGGUGAGAUCCCGGAGAAUAAAAUCACCAAGUACUACAAGCUGCACAAGGUGAUGAUGAAGCGAACCUAUCUGAAGUGGCCCAUGGAACCAGGCGUCCAGAGGAAUGAUUUCUGGAUGAAGCUAAAGACAGUGUUGAGGGAACCAGAAUUACGCAUCAAUAACAACGUCAGUAUAUAACAAGUGACUGAGGCCAGUUAAACACGAGGCGUUAACUGACGUAGGACUGUGUCAGCUGUUCGUGCGGUCUUUGACGCUCGUUAUGAGAGGGACCCCCUUAUACUCAAAGAAAAUGUGUGAAAUGAACAGUAUAAGCAUUCUUAAUGGUGUAUGUGCUAAUUGCCUUGGCAGUAGGGUAUUAGGGACUUUUAGAUUUGCGUGGACUGAUACGUGUGACGUCCAUUCAAGGCAGUGCAUUAAAAGGACGUCGAUCGUAGCAAUCCACGUUGUUGUUCGGCAAAUCUAAAAGUCCCUAAUAACGCCAUCACAACGACGCCUUGUUUACAAUGGGCACUGGAUGUACAACAGAGUGUACCUACUAUCAUUUUGAAAUCAAAAUCGACUUGUAAUGUACUCGUGUAUAGGCAAAAUAUCAUACAAUUUCGAGCAAAGCUGUCUUCUGUUGGUACAUAUUUACUUUUGCAUGAGAACAACCGGAAUCAUCACAUUUUUUCAUCGUUUUUCACUUUUCCAGAUAAAAUUUGUAUGUUUUCUUGUUGAUCUAAGAAUAUACAAACUUUACAAGUAUUAUGGAAGACAGGUUGAUCAACCUUACCAAUUCAGUGUAAAUGGAUUGCCAAUAUUAUGGUAUUUAAACAAAAUGUAAACAGAAAUUAGCAAUUCUUCUUCUAGUUUACUUAAAGUAGAUAUUCAUUGAUUUUAAAAACUAACUUUAUUUUCAUUAUUGCAAAGUUGAAACUAUGAU